AUGGAUGUAUUUUUGAGGCCUGUGGAAGACGAAGUGAAGGAGUUAUGGGAUGACGAAGUUCAAACCAGAGACGCUGCAAUGAAUAGUAUAUUUAAACCAUGUCCUUCAUGCAACGAAGACACUCAUUCAUGUCGAGUAAUUGGGAAGACGGCUUAUCUUGUAAAAGGAUUUAGACUUGCUAGUGGCUUUGGUUCAAAUUUCUGUAAGAAAGUAAUUGAUAAUGAUGGCAACAAUGUUGGGUUAAAAUCCUAUGAUUAUCACAUUCUUAUGCAACGUCUGCUGCCGGACAUGGAGAAUGCAGAGAUCCACUUUAAUACACAGUGUAUAUUACAUGAUGAUCUGCAAAGUAGUUGCUUGCUCAAUUCGAGUAGUAGUAGUGCUCAAAUCAUUAAUUGCGAAAGUGUCCAAGUUAGUUGUUCAGAGAACUAUUUGUCUAACACUAAUAUUAUAGUUCGCCCAUGCUUAGGAGGAAUACUAGAGAUUAUUGUAAUUAGCAUCCAUUUGUCCUUAUCAAGAGUUCUGGAAGUGUUGCUCCAACAAGGACUUAGCGUUGAAGGAUGUUAUUCGGCCAAAGUGAAUGGAAGACUUAUUCACACUAUAAAGUCUGAGGUUGACGAUAUGAGUAAAUAUAUUGACCCAUCUGAGCUUCAACAAAAUCUGUACGUUAUGUUCUCAACUACUUCCGAAUGACAAUCGAUAUAUAAAUUUUUAUAUAUAUGGAAAUGUUUUGGGUA